CUCAGACGAACGGCGCGCCCCUUAUUCAUUGCCGAUCUAUACGCAACACUGGCACGACGUUGCCGCCGCGUUUAAUCUCUAACUUUUUAUUUCCAGUCAACUUUACUUUUAUUUCAAGUGAAAGUCUCGAAUAUUCAUAUUGAAAUCUCGAGCACAGUUUAAUUAUUUAAACCUUAAAAUUUGCACUUUAACAAACAAAGCUCAGAAUAAGUAGCACGCGAAAUUAUUGAAACAGCUCUCGCUUGUAGUAAUUUCAUAUUCUUCAUAUAUAGGGAUUUAUGAGACAUCGUGAAGAUUGCAACAUCACUUUCAAAUAGAAGACGACGUCAAAGGAACGAAAAUGUCGAAAAAACAUCUCCACAAUCAAGCCGCUAUACCGUUAGCUCCUGCAGUAUUCAAGAAACCUCAAAUGCGGCCGAUGAUAGCCGAGUAUGACCCAAAGAAAAAAGGAGUCAGGACUGACUUAUCAGAUGUCGUUAUGGUGAAGUAUAAAGUUGACCCUAAUGAAAUUCCGGUGGAACAACAGGCGGGGUCCACCCUGCCUCUUAUGGAAAUACCGGGACGGGACAUAGAGGCGGAUGAAGACUACAAUCCGUUUGAACACCGAAAACUGGCGCACCCUACAUCAGAUCUGGAUACACUUAUCCAUUUACUGAAAGGGUCGCUCGGAAGCGGAAUUUUAGCAAUGCCCAUGGCGUUUUUACACGCCGGCCUAUACGUGGGACUGUUUGCCACGUUCCUUGUGGGAGGCAUCUGCACGUACUGCGUGCACGUGCUCGUGAAGACCGCGCACGAAUUGUGCCACAGGAUGCAAAAGCCAUCGCUGGGCUUCGCCGAGACGGCUGAGGCGGCAUUCUUGGCCGGGCCUCCGGCGGCACACAAGUUUUCGAGACUAGCGAAAGCCAUGGUGAACUGGUUCCUCGUGGUGGACUUAUUAGGAUGUUGCUGCGUGUACAUAGUAUUUGUGGCAACGAAUGUAAAGCAAGUAGCCGAUUUUUACGCAAAGGGAACAGAAUGGCACGAUAUGGAUGUACGACUCUACAUGCUUGCGACUCUACCUUUUCUAAUUCUUAUUAAUCUCAUCAGAAAUCUAAAGUACUUGGCCCCGUUUUCUAUGAUUGCGAAUUUAUUGGUUGGCUGUGGAAUGGGUAUCACAUUUUAUUACCUGUUUCAAGAAAUGCCUGAAACCAGUAAACGUGUAAAUUUCGCUGGAUUCGACAAACUGCCGACAUUCUUUGGUACCGCUAUUUUCGCACUGGAGGGCAUCGGUGUGGUGAUGCCACUGGAGAACAACAUGAAAACUCCCACUCAUUUCAUCGGCUGCCCUGGCGUUCUAAACAUUGGCAUGUUCUUUGUCGUGUCUCUGUAUGCUACCACUGGAUUUUUCGGAUAUCUGAAAUAUGGACCCGACACUCAAGGAAGCAUCACGCUUAAUCUUCCUCAGGAUGAAUUAUUGGGCCAGAGUGUGAAGCUGAUGAUUGCCGUAGCAAUAUUCUUUACAUACAGUCUGCAGUUCUACGUGCCUAUGGAAAUCAUUUGGAAGAACGUUCGCCAUCUGUUUGGCGCCAGGAAAAACCUCGCCGAGUACAGCAUAAGAAUAGGGAUUGUGCUUAUGACACUAGGAAUUGCCAUUGCCAUUCCUAAAUUAUCACCUUUCAUAUCACUUGUUGGUGCGGUAUGCCUGUCUUUCCUUGGUCUAAUAUUUCCGGCUGUUAUCGAAACCGUCACUUUUUGGGAUAGACCUAAUGGACUUGGCUUUUGCAAGUGGGUUCUGUGGAAAAAUAUGUUUUUGGUUUCAUUUGGAAUCCUCGGAUUUUUAACUGGUUCCUAUGUUAGUAUUUUAGAAAUUAUUAACGGUUGAGACUCAUAUUCUAAUUAUAAGUAUAUAUGUAUAAAACUUACUCGGUCCCACAACCGAGAAGUAAAAGUAUUUGUAUAAAAUGUAGUUGGAUAAGGACCAUUUUGAAUCACUUUUUGCUUUUAUUUUAUAACUAUAGUUUUAUAAUUGAACGUAUGAAGUUACAUCGCCGCCUUAGCAAGUAAAACUAGUCGAGAGCAGAUUUCUGUUCACGCAAAACUAAAAUUAUUUAUGAAACAUGAUAAAACCUAACCUUAGGUACCUAGUAAUCCUCUGGAUGCAAAAUUGAAGUUGUCAAGCACCGGAGGAUGGUUAGAAGAGGCAACUGAGCACGACCUUCUUUACAUUAUGUAAAUCGGCGAUAGAGUUUAUACAAUUUGCGAAUGUAUUUUUUGAUAAAUAAUUAUUAAACAGCCUUUGUUUUAGAGUCAAGGUAAUAAACAAUUGAAUGCAGGACUGAACACAAAGGUGACUAGAACCAUCCCAUAAUAUAUGGAGGUAUGGAGAUACUGUUUUUAAGAUCGUAUUAGUGCAUUUGACCACACUGCCCGAGUUCCACUGGACUACGGAGUAGGUGCCAUCGUCGACACGGCCUUAUUGCGACAAGAAACCUUGUGUCGUGUCGUGUCUCGUGUCGCAGUAACUAUGGCACGGUGUCUUGUGUUUACAUGAAGCAUUAUUCCUUAGCACCGAAUCUCUGUAGCCAUGUAGGUUUAAAUCAACUGUAGAUAACUUUAUAUGAACGUGUGAGAACUUUCUAGUGCAUUAAAUAAAUGUGAUACACUUAGGUUAAUGAUAACCCAUUAUUAAACUUGCUUAAAAUAAGCAAAAAACAUAUUUUCGGAUGUAGUUAAAAAUAAGCAGGUGAUGAUAACCACUGCGUUACCUUUUAAGAUGAUCGAAAUUGUGCAAAAUAUUUAUAAUUAGGUAUAUAUUGGUAUUAGUUCAAAAAUCGAAAUAGUGUAGUGUGAAUGCAUUUUCAUUGGGGUAGGUACAAUGAGUGCUUACUAAAGAAGAGAUUUAAAAUACGAGUAUUAUAAGGCGAUUGAAAGCAUUUAAAUAAUAGCUUACAAACCGAAUACCUUAGAUGUUGUUGAAACAACCUGUAACUUUAGUUAAGGUCAAUGUGGAGAAGACCGACUGAAUAUACAAUUUAUUGCUGGGAAGGCAGUCAUAGGGCAAGGCAAGAGCUCGCGUAUUUGUAUGCGUACGUCGCUCAGACACAGAAAAGAAUAGCAUCACUUCUUAUGCUCUACCCACCUUCUGUAAGUGAUGGAGUGUAUACAAACAAACGCAAGAGUUAAACUUAUCGACUUGUCGGUCUUCCCGUUAUAGACGGUCUUCGCCAAAUUGACCUUAAGAGGCCGUAGUCGAUUUUGGAGCAAAAUUUUUAAAUUGAUAGAUUUAGUCGUUGAAAUUAUACACGUUUUGUUACGUAAUAUCUAAAUAACAAGUAUUGGUUUCUAUUAGCACGUCUUCUCAUCUUGCCUUUUAAUAAUGAGGUCGCAAGCGUGCGUCACCGGUAAUAUAUGAAAAGAAGGUACAGUUUUUAAAAAUUCAUCAAAAAUUUAUGGUGGUAUAUUAUACAAAUUGAUGUAUAAGAAUAGUUUCAACAAAUGUUGUAGAUUGUUUAAGUAUCAAAAUUACGUUGAAAUUAAGUCGAUUUUGAGAGAAAUUGUCACUUGUUUUGAAGUAAUUUCUGGAGAAAAUUGAUUUCGUCUAACUUUCAUUUACACUACUUCAAAGUCAUAAUAAUAAAAAUGUAGUGUGAUAAACGUCAAGUACAGGAUAUGUGUAAUACAAAAUUACCAUGUUUAGCAGUCCAAACUUUACGAAAUUUACAAAUAAGAGCGAUAAAAUCAGUGCUUUACGCGCGUUUACCUAAACGUCCAUCAGAAAAGCAAACAUUACUAAUUUAGUGAGUCUGUUUUCAACAAAUUGAUCUGAUAAAAGGUAAGAUAAGAAGAUGCGCUAAUAGAAACCAGUACUUGUUAUUUCAAUUAGGAAACAAAAGGUGUACAAUUUCACCGACUAAAUCUAUCAAUUUUACAUUUUUGCGACUAAAAUCGACAUCGGCCUCUUAACUCGGUUCAAAUGAUGAAUGUAACCUCCAGAGUCAUACGCCAUUUAUUAGUAUAUACACUAUAGAGAUCCCUCGCCUUUUAACCUAAAGGGGCCCACUGAUGGCUAUCAGUCCACCGGACGAUAUCGGCCUGUCAGAACAAAAAAAUUACAGUUCCGAACAACUGACAGGCCGAUAUCGUCCGACGGACUGAUAGUCAGUAGGCCCCUUUAUGGUGCGACUCUGCCUAAUCGGCCACUUCUAAAUAAUCGAAAUACUCGUAGGCCUACAACGGAGCACAAAAUUAGAUUAAUUAGAACAUUUUGAUAAGAGAUAGAUUCAAUACGCACGGAACCCUCGAAGCCCGAGUCGGACUCGCGCUUGCCCGGUUAUUGUGUUUUUUAAAGUGGUAGGGUCAGUCAUAGUUUAUACUUGUAUUUAUUAUUAGUUUGAUAAAAUAUAUUUAAUUUCAGAAUAUUAUUGACAUGUUCCUAAUACCCACGGGAUUUAAUAGCACAGGUACCGUUUAUAACCGGCAUAAGUUUUAAGAGGUUGAUACCUAUACCUGGAUAAAGACUCUAAAUAGGUACGUCUUGUGGUACCUACUCUUCACAUUGCCAGAAAUACGAGAGCCGAUCCGAAAGCUGUUAGCUGCUCCGGCGCUACUCAUGAAAUGGCAAUAUUAUAUAUACCAUUGUUAGGGAUAUUUCGAUGCUAAGUAUUAAUGACAGUAAAACGCAGUAGGUCUUGAGUAAAGGAUUUAUUUUGGAUACUGGAUAUACAACAAUGCCGAGACCGACGCCAGCAGAACGGCCACGCACCGCCCCGCCCCGACUCGAAUUACCUCGCCCCGCGACACCAGAUUGCUGGCUUUUCGCCGGCCGCUCAGUUUGGUUAGCGACGCGGUCACGCGAUGACGGAACGUUCAAAAUGCCGAUGUAUUGUACGAUGUAUUGUAUGGGUGCCUAUCAAAUUGGAGAAAUAAAGACUUUUUAUAUGUACUUAAUAUUACUUAUACCUACGUGUAGUGUACCUAACAUGUAUAUAUAUAAUACUGAUAAAACAUCAAAUAACGCGUUUUCUACAAUCACAUUCAUUUAAACUACAAUUUGUCGAAAACCCAAAUUUACGUCAAUAUAACAAAGUGUAGAAGGUGUGAUAAUAUUUAGAUAGGUACCUACCUACCGAUUUCAACAACCUGUUCGUUGAACUUACAAAUGUUAGCUAACAUUAAACUACCUAUAGGUAGGUACAUAGAUAUUAUUUCUUCGUAAAUAUUUUGUUUUUUGUUACACUUAUCAUAUCUAAAAAAAUAUAUCUAUAUGUAAUCGUUUAAAAUAAUAAAAACAAUAAUGCAAAUACCUUUUUAUAAUAAUUCCGCUUUCAAAGUAGGUACAGUUGAGUUGUAAGAUUAUAAACCGACCAAGGACCAAUUGUUUGUUGAAUGGUAGAUUGCCCAUACAAUUUCGUUUGUUUACGUUUCGGUCGGUUAUUCUGCGUGUGCACGGCCGGCCGCGGCCCGCUCGUGUCACUUCAUGUACUUUUCUUUCACAUUUUGUGCAAAUAAUCCGAGGAACUCAAACCAUGAUUGGAAAUAUGAACGCCGCGCUGUAUUCUCAUAAAUAUGACGGACAUAAAUGGGAAGAUUAGAACCGCCUAAUGUAAAUUUUGCGAACUUAAGAACCAUUUUAGGUUUCUUUAAUUAAGGAAUAAUAGUUAUUUGUUAUACAAGGGUGCAAAGUUGUAUUUUACCCGCGAGUGUGGAAUUGAAACACGAGCAAGCGAAAGGAUUCUCUAGUUGAACCACGAGUAAAGCGAGUGGUUCUAAAAUAGAAUCCUGAGCGUAGCGAGUGUUUUAACACACGAGAAGUAAAAUACAUUUGCACCCGUGUGUAACACAAAACUUUUCCCCUCACUAUAGCGAGGAAAGUGCAACAACCACAGGUGUUAGAUCAUCUUCAUCAACUGGAAUCACUCUUUUUUUACGAUAUUAUAACAAAAAACUGGAAAUUCUGUACUUUUACGUGAAAAGUUUUUAAGUAAAUUUUUUGUUGACAAUGUUUACAUUUCUGACGUAUGAAAUGUCAAUGAUGCGUUUUGAAAUUGCAUCGACUUAACUUGUGCGUUCAGAAUUAUAUUUAACAUAAUUAUUAAAAAACAAACGUUUAUUAUGGAAUUUUAGGGUUUAUGACUUAAAAUCAUUAAAUAAAGCUAAAUUUGGUAUUUUUUAUUAGAUUCUCAAACCAUUUAUUUAAUGAUAAUUAAUAUCGAACGAACCAUUAUUAUGAGCGUUUUACGUUUUGUUAUCUGUCAAGCUACUUAAACACGCUCCAUCCAAGGUCAAAUUACUUUCCCCACUAGUGGAUAAAAUGCGUUUUUCCCCGCUUGUUUUAAAGGAUAAAAGACGGCUUUCCGAGCUAGUGAGGGGAAAAAAUAUUUCUAUUCCUUAGUUAGAUAUUUUCAUUACGAGUAUUACGACAACGCUCCGUGAACUCAAAAACAUCUAAGUGGCAGCCCUAAACAGCUUACGCACACAAAGACGCGUGUACAAACGUUCCGUUCAUACAUAUAAACGCAAGCGGGUUUUGAUGUAUGGCGUGUCCGCCCUGUGCCGACGCUACCCGUAGUUGGCGGGAAGCCAUCUUGACAGAUCGCUCCGAUGACAGCCGCGCUGUCAGGGCACGUUCAGAACCCCGCUAACAGUAUUGUCAUAAAAAAUAUUUUACAGUAAAACAUCUGGUGCUACAUUACAACAACAGGGGCUAUAAGCACAUUAUGUAACUAAACUAACUUAGCGGUUUCACUCACGUAUUUUUAGUCACUCGCGCGACAUGUUUCGGAGAGCCUAGGUCUCCAUUUUUAAGCACUAAGUGCCUGAGUGAGUAGCGGUCACGACGGGUGGGCGUCACGUACUGCGAUGAUAUAACCGGUUGAGGGAGGUCUUGCGCUGUUGUUGUAGGCGGGCGCGUUGGCGUGCGGGAGACCUAGGCUCUCCGAAACAUGUCGCGCGAGUGACUAAAAUACGUUAGUGAAACCGCUAAGUUAGUUAAGUUAAUAUGUCUCACGAUAGUUCAAAUUCGAUUAUGUAACUGUCGAAAAUUUAAAGCGCUAUAUGUACUGUAAAACGUUGUACGAUACACGUGCGAAUUUCCUACUUUUCGCACUUGUUUCUUUCUCUUUUACUCCAAUGAAGGCGGCCAGAGAAAGAUGCCCGCAAUUUACGAAGUUCGAUUUUCGCGGUUAUAGCCCAGAAGCGAUGAGCAAAUGCGUUUACGUUAUCGAUAGCCGAUAUUUUAAUUACAUUCAAUUUUAGAACAUCUCUAUCACAGGAUAAAUAAUAGUACUACCGUACAGAAAGGAAACUUCCUACAAAACCGAAGUUUAACAGCGGUUCAGGGACGACGGGUUCUAAUAUAUGGCACUAUCGCUUUCGGCUAUUUAGGGUUGUCAAAAUUCAAGUCAUUAUCUUAUCUGUGGUCGUGCACGUAAAGGGACGUCAAGUUGUGACGACCCUAAUAAUUGCUCGGAGCAAUGCCAAGUAUUACUUAUUCUUUGGCAAUGCUGAGCCGAACGGAGCAGAGUUUGCCCGAAGCGAGGAGUUUCGCACCCCUGCCUCUACUCUAAUAUCAGUAGAGACAAAGAUAGAUAUAACUCCGUAAUUGAUGGAUACAGUCUAAGGAAAAAACGUGCCUCGAAAAUCACGAAAAUUUGAUUCUCGUUCAGAGGGCGCCACUAGUUUUGGCCUACACUCAUAUAGAGGGCGUUGACUGUUUCGUUUGUUAUUUAUAAUUUUAACGCAUAGUUUUAGUUUUAAAGUGUGUUUUUAUUCACAUGUGAGGCAAAGUAAUCUAAUGCAAAUUUUGAGUUGUUUUCUUAUGUUUGCUGGUAGAAUAGAAUUUACUUUUACAUGAUGAUUUUGAAUUAUAAAUAUUUAAUAACAUUAAUUUUGAAUCGAUUUGCUUUGAUUUUGUUUGAUAUUUUACAGUUAGUAUUUUCCUUGUGUUGGUGUGGUGAAAAAGUUGGUGUGUUUAACCCUCGUGCCUUGAAACCCUCGCAACGCUCAAGAUUCCAUUUUUCGAAUCACUCGCUACGCUCGUGAUUCAAUUAAGGAAUCUUUCGCUUAGUCGGGUAUCAAUUUAACGGGAAGUUAAACAACUACUUUGCCCCCAUGUAAAACAAAUAACUUUCUUUUCUUGAUGGACUUGAGGGCGGUGUUGCCCGUAGCCAAUGUCACGUAAAAGGGUAGGAACAAAAUAAAUGCUCUUAGAGCACGACGCUGUUCGGUGGUUGUUGUAGUUGUCUCAUAAAACCGAUAGCUGGAUUUUACGAGAAGCACGUGGACUACCGGCCGUUGACUCCAAAAUGGUGGUUAAACACGCUUUGAGAUUAAUUCUCCAUUCACUGCAUACUACCACAUUAGAUUAUUGUAUAAUAAAGCUAUCGAUAUUACACUUUAAACAAUAUUAAUGAGCAAAAAACAAGGGAAUUCAUCACGAGGCUACUAUCAAGAUGGCGUUCGAACCGGAAGUCAACAAAUAACUAAUUGUUUCUGAAUUGAAAAAAAAAACUAAGAAUGCCUGACAUGCGUGAAAAAAAGUUUUCAAUUUACCGCCAUUUGACGUUUUGUUUAUCUUUUAAUUAUAGCCGGUCAAAAAACUUUGUCAGUAGAAAAAGGCGCGAAAUAAAAAAAUUCUUACAGCACUUCAAUAAGUACUGAAAGAUCCCUUACAAUGGUAAUAUACAUUAUAUUCGAAUCGCAGUGUAGCCGAGCGGCUAACAACUUUCAGACCGGCCCUCGUAAAAGUAGCACUUUAUGUCGGUGAGAUAAACAGUGUUGUCCUACGGGGUUUUGUUUUGUAAGUAAAUUGUAUCUUUAUGUCCUACCGAGGCAGUCAUUUUGGUGAUUUUAGGGCGUAGCCUUUCUGAUCAAGAACAGCAAUUUCCGAAUGUCUAUAAAAACAUUGACAAUUAUUACUACUAAUCUCGCGCCAGGUCUUAUAUAUCCUACCUAUUUUUGUAAGUGAAAGUAGUUAGGUUUAUUAGAUACAGCGAGCUGCAAAAUUGCAUACUAGCUUUUUGAAUGAAUUCCAUUCAUAAAGUACCUAAGUUUGCACUUUUGCAUCUGUGAUUACAAUUGUACACGCCAAGUGAGUAGUAACGGUUUUUGUGACUUGAUCAUUAUUUUGAACAUCAACUAGGUAUUAGUUAACCUUUUAUUAUCCAAAUGUCAAAUCGAAAUUGAAAUUAAAUUCUAUGAGUCUAUUAUCAAAUUAUCAUCAUCUUCCUGACGUUAUCCCGACUUUUUGCCACGGCUUAUAAGUCUGUAUACUCUGUAUUAAAAAUAUUUGUAUAAUUAUAAAUUAACCUUAUUCAGAAAUAUUGUAGUUCUUCGCGCAGCUGUUAAUGUUUGCUAGCGACUGAUAAAAAUAGAUAAAAUCAGCAGUCUGCGGUAAUGUUUUCUAUGUAGACAAUGAGAAGAAGAUGUAAUGUUGUACGUGUUUUGUCGAAAGCGUAAUAGGCACCUAAACAUCUGUUUUCCCAUCAUACUGUUUUUUUUUUUCUUUAAGUUUAUCAUUGAGUUAACUUUUAUUACUAGAGUUACACCAAGAAAAGUCUGCAGAGAUAUUGACAGCACACGCAGUGGCAGUGUUAUUUAUACGUCAUAAUUUCAUAGAAAUUUGACGUUUAAAAUAACACCUGCACUGCGUGUGCUGUCAAAAUUGUUGCAGACUUGUCUUGGUUUGACAAAUUUUAAGCAUAUUUUUGUGUAUUGUAGACUCAUCUUGAUACAUGUCAAAUGUAAUACCUUUUAUCUGUAAAGGAAAUCAUUCCUAAGUUCAUUGGUAUGAAUAACCGAUUUUAGAUUAUAAUGGUUGUUUUGUUACAGUAUUAAAAUAUACGAGAUUUAAGGAAUAA